GCUUGCUGGGUCUGGCCGGAAACGAAACUUACCGUGUUACAGGGUCUGCAGGGAGCCAUGGCUGCAGCAGGGAAUCCUCUGAAAAGACUCCGAGACGAAGCUACUUGCUCCAUCUGUCUGAGUUUUUUCACGGAUCCAGUGACUAUAGACUGUGGGCACAAUUUCUGCCAAGCCUGCAUCACCCAGUGCUGGGCGAGACCAGGCACAGACAUCGCCUGUCCUCAGUGCAGAGAGACCUUCCCCCAGGGGACCCUGAGGCCGAACAGGCAACUGGGGAACGUGGUAGAAAUAGCCAAGCAGCUGAGUGUCCCCGCAGCAGCAGCAGGAGGUUUGUGCCACGCGCACCAGGAGCCUUUCAAACUCUUCUGUAACCAGGACCAAGUUCUCAUCUGUGUGAUCUGCAGGGAGUCCCAGGCUCACCACGCUCACAGGGUGGUCCCCAUAGAGGAGGCUGCCCGGGAGCACAAGGAACAAAUUCAAACCCGACUGGACACCCUGAAGCAGGAGAGAGAAGAACUUCUGGAGUGGAAACAGGAUGGAGAGACGCAAAGCCAGGAAUAUCUCGGAAAGAUAGAAGCUGAGAGGCAGAAGAUUGUGUCUGAAUUUGAGCAACUGCGGCAAUUCCUGGAGGAGCAAGAGCGAUUCCUGCUGGCCCAGCUACAAGAGUUGGACAAGGAAAUUGUGAAGCUACAGGAUGAAAAUGUCACCAAAGUGUCUGAGGAGUUUUCCCGUCUCAGUGACUUGAUCAAUGAGAUAGAAGAGAAGUGUCAGCAGCCAACAAGCCAAUUCCUGCAGGACAUCAAAAGCACCUGGAGCAGGUGUGAGAGGCUGAAGUUCGAGACACCAAUGGCCGUGCCAGAGGACCUGAGAGAGAGAGUUGGCGUCUCUUCCCAAAGAAAUGUUUGUCUGCAGGAAGCUCUAAAGAAAUUCAAAGAGACCCUGCCCUAUCAACUGAACUUUCUGAUCUCAAAGGCAGAGAAAGAGGUGCAGGCCACUCCGGAUCCAGACCUGGCAAAUCCUUGUUCCAUCGUGUCCACAGAUGAGAGCGUGUUACAGAAAUACCAAGACACAGUAUAUUUAGUGCCACACAACAGGUUUUACCCUGCUGCCUGUGUGCUGGGCUAUACGGGCUUCACCUCAGGGAGAUGUUACUGGGAAGUGGAGGUGGGGAACAAAGAUGAGUGGGUUUUGGGCAUUGCCAAAGAGUCUGUGAUGCACGAGGGAGCAAUAAGCUGUACACCAGAGGAGGGAGUCUGUGCUUUGCAGAGUACAAGUUAUCAGUACUGCGCCCUCACCUCCCCUAAGACUGCUCUGGACCUACAUCGUAGACCCACUAACAUUGGGGUUUAUCUGGAUUAUGAAGGGGAGAAAGUUACAUUUUAUGACAUUACAUCUUCUGGCAGAGAGCCAAUCUUUACUUUCACAUCCUCUUUCUCGGGGAAGAUUGUCCCCUUCUUUGGGAGCCGGCGUGUCGAAUUUCUGAGAAGGUUACGGGCAGGCAUGGCAGUAGGUGGUCACUGGCAGGCCUACCAUUAACACCGGCAACAGAGGAACAGGGAUCACUCGAUAUGAGGUAUCUAAAGUAGAGCGAAGACAUAGGUAAUAUACACAUUGGCAAAGUGUGACAGCUGUAAUCUCAUCACAGUCUUGCCAGCCUCCAGCAUUCAAAACCUGGGUCAGGCCCCCCACAAUCAGGAGAUUGGCUUAAACAUCUUUUUAAAUGUUGUGUUAUUUUUCUCUGCCUUCUGGCUUUCCAGCUUUCAGGGUGUUCUUGUUUCCGGUUUUCAGUCUUUGCUACACCAACAUGAAGGCUGGAAAUGUAUCUGUAAUAUACUCUGAGCUCCCUCAAAUCUAUCCACUCCAGCAGCUGGGACUGUAAGAAAAACACCAAGUGCUGCGAGACUCGCAAUAAAAUGGUGAGGGGAACAAGACUGACUUGCUCAGCAUUAUGCUGCUGAAUGGAGUUUCUCGACCCUCUUCCAUGCCUGUCUCUGUAACUCUGGGAUCCUCCAGACACGCACGAACUGGCCAACCAGCAGACACCAGGAGCCACGCUCAGGGUCACCGCAGCGUCUGCCUGUCUUAGGGCAGGUCUACACUUAAAAUACUGCACCGGCGGUGCUACGUCCCUGUAAUGCUUAAGUAAAGACAUUCCUACGCCAACAGGAGAGCUUCUCCCAUCAGUGUAGUUAAUCCACCUCUC